GUGAUUGUUUGCAAUGUUUGGACACGUUUUGCAUCCAUUGGACGAGUGAUGCAACUAUUGGUGACUGAUUGCAGUGAUUGCAGUCGUAUUGGUCUUAUUGGUGACAAUUAGGUGACAAUUAGCACAUCCGCCACACAAUCCCCACAACCGCCACAAUGCCCACAAUCAAUGUCAACAGAGAUCUUCUCUUCAAACUACUCGACACUCACUUCACUGAGGAAGCAUUCGAUGAACUAUGCUUUGAGUUCGGCAUAGAGUUGGAUGAAGUGACAUCGGAGAAGCAGAUGAAGGCCAAAGAGCAGGGUAUGGAUCGGUCGAAGGGGGCCGCAGAGGACGUCAUAUAUCGCAUCGAAAUCCCCGCCAAUCGCUAUGACUUGCUUUGCAUCGAAGGUCUCGUCCGAGCGCUUCUCAUAUUUCUGGGAAAAGCCCAAAUUCCCGAAUACAGAGCCAUUACACCACCGAAGGCUCAGUUGCAACAACUCAUAGUACUUCCUAAUACAAUGCAAGUCCGACCCUAUGCUGUGGCAGCCAUUCUUCGAGGCAUUCAUUUCACUCAAGAAAUAUACGACAGUUUUAUUGAUUUACAGGAAAAACUCCAUCAAAACCUCUGCAGAAAGCGGACUCUGGUAGCUAUCGGUGCCCAUGAUUUGGAUACAGUGAAGGGUCCCUUCUUUUAUGACGCCAGAGUUCCCAAUGAUAUCAAAUUCAGACCAUUGAAACAGACCAAAGAAUACACGGCCACUGAACUCAUGGAAUUGUAUUCUACUGACGACCACUUGAAACCGUUUUUGCAUAUCAUUAAAGACAGUCCCGUCUAUCCCGUAAUCUAUGACCAAAACAAUGUCAUUUUAUCGAUGCCUCCAAUCAUUAACGGCGAUCACAGUAAAAUAACACUUAAAACGAAAAAUAUAUUUAUUGAAAUGACUGCAACGGACUUAUAUAAAGCCAAACUAGUUUUGGACACAUUUGUCUCAAUGUUCAGUGAAUAUUCUGAGCAAAAGUUUACUGUGGAAAGUGUUGAAGUGACUCAAUCUGACACAUCACGGGAUUUGUUUCCGACACUCAAAUAUAGAGAGGAGACUGUUUCAGUGGAUUAUUUUAACAAAAAUCUUGGCAUUAGUCAAACGGCGCAACAGAUAAACACUUUACUAAAGCGAAUGAGUUUGGGGUCUGAAGUAAUUGACGAGCAGUUACUGAGAGUACGAAUCCCUCCCAUCCGUCAGGACAUACUUCACGCCUGCGAUAUAUUGGAAGACGUGGGCAUUGCUUACGGAUAUAAUAACAUUGAGUUCACAGUUCCCAAGACGCAGACCAUUGGCCACCAAUUCUUUCUAAACAAAGUGACCGAUCAGUUGAGAUACGAGAUCUCCCGAUGCGGUUAUACCGAAAUCCUAACAUUCUCUUUAUGCUCUCGCGACGAUAUCGGAGAGAAAAUGCGAAGAAAGGACUCGCUUUCAAAGGCAGUCCAUGUGGCGAACCCAAAGACAUUCGACUUCCAAGUCGGUCGCACUUCCCUAUUGCCCGGACUCCUCAAAACCAUUUACUCCAACAAACAAAUACCUCUUCCGCUCAAACUUUUUGAGAUCUCAGAUGUUAUUUUCAAAGACAGUAAUGAAGAAGUGGGCGCCAGGAAUGAGCGCUAUUUGUCUGCUAUUUAUUACAACAAAACACCGGGUUUUGAGAUCAUUCAUGGGUUAUUGGAUCGUAUUCUCCAUGUGUUGGAAAUUCCCUUUUCUGCCAAUAAAAAAGGCGUCGGAUAUUUCAUUAGAGCGGCUAAUGAUCCGCGCUUUUUGUCGGGCCGUUGCGCUGAAGUUGUGGUCAACGAUAAAGUGGUGGGAAUUAUGGGUGUCCUUCACCCGCAAGUGAUCACUAAUUUUGAUUUAGCGCAGCCCUGCUCUGCACUCGAGUUAUCACUUCAGGCUCUUAUAACCCACGAUUUGAAUCAAUAAUUUUAUUUAUAAACAUUGAAUAAAACUAAUGAAUUUUAAAAAAUAAAUA